AUGAGAAAAAAUAAUGGUCAUUUCAUUGAAGAGUGCAAAGUCAUCCCGCCUCUCGUCAACACAUCUCUCCUCAUAGUUUGCCCUAAUUCGACAUACCAACAAUUGGCAGUUCGGAACCAAUGUCGUCGGUCUAUCGUCGCUCCACACCCUCCCAUCGACGCACCUCUGUUCUCCACUCGAUGUCAAACAGUUGACGCUCCUCCACAUCGUUCCUUUCCAAAUUCGCAGCUCCAUCCGUCGCCUCCUACAUCUCCGGCUGUCCCACCCUCCCACGCCUCCGACACCACCAUCGCACAGCAGAACUCUGACUCAUCUUCAGGAUCUUCAGAUGCUAAGGAGCAGAAUCAAAAAGCCCACACACAUUCCCAGGAGUUGGAGAAGCAGGUGGAGAAACUAUGGUUGGAAUUGAAUCUCAAACUCAGGUUAAAGGAGGAUUUGGAAACUAGAUCGAAAGAAUUGGAUCAAAAGAUGAUUGAUAUAAAUCCAAAGCUUCAAGAGGGGCAUAUCAUUGGAUGGCUCCAGACUCCAGAUACUAGGACAGUACGGCAAGGAGAAAAGAAGCAUUACAACCAGAAAGUAGAUGCUUAUAGCUUUGUAAUUGUAUCAUGGGAACUUUUACACAACAAACUACCCUUUGAGGGUAUGUACAACCUCCAAGCUACUUAUUCUGCAGCUUUCAAGAAUGUGAGGCCAAUUAAUCAGCUAGUGAUUUCCAUGCUUAGAACAGGUGGUUUUCAAACGCCAUUAAAACAACCAGAAGCAACACCAUGUUAUACUCCAUCACUUGGACUAGGAAUAGUCAACACAUCAUCUUUGACUCACCAACCUCAACCUCAACCUCAACCAGAAGCUCUUCUUUUUGCUGCUGCUAACACUACAUGUAAACAUUAA